GACCAGGCUCUCAGACAUCGUCUCUUGGAAACAGGCUAAAACACACAAUCAGAUGGGCGUUCCCUGCUCUCUUUAAAUUCUCGUAGCUCUUGCGCAGUACGAUACUUCCCCACCCUGUUUUCCAGCGGCUCUCAGUUCGUGUGUCAAUAUCUGCAGCCAUGCCGUCUGAGUUGGAGCGUUCCAUGGAGUCCCUGAUCAUGGUGUUCCAUCGCUAUGCUGAAAAGGAUGGUGACGGCAACACACUGAGCAAGAAGGAGCUGAAAGAACUCAUGCAGACAGAACUGGCCAGCUUCCUGAAGUCCCAGAAGGACCCAGCUGCCAUAGACACGAUCAUGAAGGAUCUGGACCAGAAUGGUGAUGGGAAGGUGAACUUUGAGGAGUUUGUCUCUCUGGUGGUGGGCCUCUCCAUCGCCUGUGAACAGAUCUACCAGCUCUACACCCAGAAGGCUUCUGCCAAGAAGUGAAGGAAGACAGGACAAGGAGAAGCAGAGAUGGCUGUUUUUCUAUGUGUCAUUUUUAUAAAUGUCUUACUGUCGUGAAUUAACUGUGGCUUUCCCACUCUCUCUGUUUGUCACAUUUGUCUGACGUGUGUCUGUCUGUUGUAUUUGGCCUGUAAUUUGUCCUGUAAGUGUAAGACAGUACCAGUCACUUCUUCCUAGUUCAGUAUUGACACAACUUCUUAAUAAACCUUAGAACAAA